CCACGGAUCUUACCAAACUGCUGCACAACCAUUUCCUCAUGCUGUUGGGAUUGUUGCUGUGCAUGUUAUGGUAUGAGACAGAAGUAUUAUCCAAGUUAACUGUUUUUGUUCAGUUUUUACUCGUGAACCGAUUUUUAAUCGCUAUAAAUUAGCGUUAAAUGCGUCAGCAAGCCAGUAACUGUUUAUGUCAACAGCCGUUACGUAGCUGUUAGCUUGUCAGCAGGAUUAGCAAUAUUCAGCUAAGUAUGCUGCACUAACUCUACUUUGGCAACCUUAACUACAACAGAAAAAGGAUUGGGUGAGCCUGUGAAGUUGUGAUGGAAAAAGCGGCGGAUGAAGCCGUUGAAAAGCGGACAGAUGUGGCAGUAAAAGGUGAAGCUCUCAUCAAACCAGAAUUCCUGACAACCAAAGAAAAAUUUCAUGGGUUUGUAGAUUCUGAGUGGCAGGGCCCAAAAGGAGAGAAGGCCAGUGAAAAUGAUAAGGUUGAGGAGACGUCUGUUGAGGAACCGGAUGCUAAAAAGCUAAAACUGGAUCCUGAGGAGAGAAAUAAAGCAGGAAAACCAGACGGUAAAAGACACCGGGGACAGAAUAAGUCAAGGCCUCACAUAAAGCCUACCACCUAUGAUGAGAAACGGCUGUGUCUCUCAGUCAUUCAGGACAAUAGAGAAUGCCCCUUUGGAGACAAAUGUUGCUUUUAUCAUGACGUCGCAGAGUACUUGGCCACUAAGCCCACCGAUAUCGGAGAAAGCUGCUACCUCUAUGACACAUUUGGAAAGUGUACCUACGGCCUCUCCUGCCGCUUCGCCAAGGCUCACACUACACCUGACUUCAAAACCAUGGAGAACGCCGAGCUAAUUAAGGCCUACGAGGGCAGGAGUGUGGUGAAGAAUGUCCUGAGCAAAGACCUCCAGAAUCGUCUGAGGAAGCAUUCAGUGGCCUUCAACAAGUCAGCAGAAUACCUCAAAACACUUUCAAACAACAAAGACAAAAGAGAACAGCCGGGAAACGGUGAUGCUUGUGCAGCUGAAUUAUCUGCGGAUCAGACAGGAGGGGAGCAGCACGUGUCUCCUGAAGCAGAAAAACAGCCACAGGCCAGCCAGGAUAAACAGCCUCCAGUGAAGACUGUUGGCCCACUGACGGAUGUCGAUGUCAUCAAGUUGCGCCCGUGUGAAAAGAAACCGGUGGAUUUUCAAGACAAACUCUACCUUGCUCCUCUAACAACUUGUGGAAAUCUGCCUUUCCGUCGUGUGUGCAAGCGCUUUGGAGCAGACAUCACCUGUGGGGAGAUGGCCAUGUGCACAAACCUGUUGCAGGGGCAGCAGUCAGAGUGGGCCCUCCUGAAGCGGCAUGAAAGUGAAGAUGUUUUUGGCGUCCAGGUGGAGGGCUGCUUCCCCGACACCAUGACGAGGUGCGCCGAGCUCAUCAACAACAACACUGAUGUUGACUUCGUGGACAUCAACUCUGGAUGUCCCAUUGACCUUGUCUACAAAAAGGGUGGAGGCUGCGGCUUGAUGACACGCACCAGAAAGUUCGAACAGAUAAUCAAGGGAAUGAACUACGUUCUUGACGUUCCUUUGACAGUCAAGAUCCGCACAGGUGUUCAGGAGAAGAGCAACGUAGCACACAAGCUCAUCCCUGAGAUGAAAAAAUGGGGCAUCUCAAUGGUCACAUUGCAUGGCCGGUCCAGAGAGCAGCGCUACACAAAGUUAGCUGACUGGGACUACAUCAAAACCUGCUCCGAGCUGGCUAGUCCUGUCCCACUUUUUGGUAAUGGAGACAUUCUGUCCUAUGAAGACGCCAUGAAAGCCAGAGACACUGGAGUUUCUGGGAUUAUGAUUGCAAGAGGUGCUCUCAUUAAGCCCUGGAUCUUCACCGAAAUAAAGGAGAGCAGGCACUGGGACAUCUCGUCCAGUGAGCGACUGGACAUCCUCAGGGAUUUCACCAACUUUGGUCUGGAGCACUGGGGCUCCGACACGCGAGGUGUAGAGAAGACCCGCAGCUUCAUGCUGGAGUGGCUCUCCUUCAUGUGCAGGUAUAUUCCAGUGGGCCUGUUGGAGCGAGUGCCUCAGAAAAUCAACGAGCGACCUCCGUACUACAUGGGCAGAAACUACCUGGAAUCACUGAUGGCCAGUCAGCACGUUGGGGACUGGGUCAGGAUCAGUGAAAUGCUGCUUGGACCUGUACCGAAGAACUUUAACUUUUUGCCCAAACAUAAAGCGAACGCCUACAAGUAAAUUUCUUUGUCAGACUACUUAAAAAAAAAUGCCUGUGCUUUUUUUUUUUUUUUAAAUUGGCCCUGGAGAGUAAGAUUUAAGAAAGAAAAUCUAUUGCAUUUAAAAUGAUAAAGACUAUGAAAUACUUUAUUUGACCUGUGGUGCAGUAGGAGAAUACAUGGGUGUUUGUGUACUUGAAAUAUAUGCAAUAAAUUCUUUUG